GUUGCAAUCCUGCAUGUAAAAGGACAUUUUUAAGCGUAGUAAGAUAUAGCGCUAACAUUUAGAUUAAAUGCUCGUUACCGGAGUUUAAACAACACAUGUUAUCUGUGAAAUGGCCUCUGCUGCUACACCUAUUUACCUUAGGAGACGCCGAUCGUCACCACUUGUUCUAACUGAAGGCGAUGCACUAAGCUUGCUACAUGAAAUUCGUCGCAGUAAGUCAUAAUGACAGAAGAAUAUUACGAUGUUUUGUACAUGAGGUUUGUCUGACAAAUUACGGCCCGAAAAUAUUUCAGACGUAGUAAACUUCCUUGAAAUUCUACGAUCAAGUCUAAAAAACCCUGAUAACGUCGGCAUGAUCCUUCGAGCCGACUUUCUACCACUGCUAGAGGAAUGUCUCACCCACGAAGACGCCCACAUACGACGGAGCGCUGUGUGGACUUUGUGUUUUGUAACUAGGAACGAUCCUGAGCUGAGAGGGCACUUUAUAAAGUACAUAACAAGGAUUGUCCACUUCCUUGAAAUCGAGUUAACUGACCGAUGUUUUCAAGCGGACUGCCUAAAGCUUCUCGCCAAUUUUGCAGGCGAUAGCGCGAAAGGACGCGACUCACUCCUGGAAGAGGUCUCAUGCCCCGAUUCAUUGCUAGACCUCAUUAACAAAAUACUGCACCCUCAGCUGCUUCAGGAAAUUGCUUAUUUAAUGCGCUGCAUAACGGAACACGGUCCCCAUAGUUCUGGUCUUGCUUUAAGGGACGCUGUAUUUACAAUACUAAACUGUAUACUAGCCCUCGACACAAAUUGUGACUGCUGGGUAAUAAAAAACGUCUGCCGAGCUUUUCUAAACGUUCUACGCUUCCCGACAUCAGACACCAUUCAGAUGGUGAAAGCAAAUAAUGUAGUACGUAAACUGAUUUGGCACAGUACGCACGCCCAGUCCGACAUGAAAUGUACAAGGUUGUGUUUUGCGACUGUAAUACAGCUAAUAGUCAUUCUGUUUCACGGAGAUAACGAUACGUGUCAGGAGUUCAUAGAUCAAGGCGCAUUACGUGUUCUAUCGAUAGUUGUGGAAGAGGAUCGAAGUGAACUUUUCUAUCAUAUAUGCGUCGCUAUCGCUAAUGUAUUUGCAUGCGAUCCGCCUCAGAUCCAAUGUGCGAUCGAUAACAUGUUGCUGACAGAGGUUAUUCGCCAGCUGGAACACGGCGACCUGAGAAUUCAGCGCGAAGCAGGUUUCGCACUUGGUAGCUUCUUAGACGGUGCUCACAAGGAACAAGUCCUGCAGGCUUUUGAGCAGGGAUUGGUACCGCCACUAAUCCAGCAGCUACAAUCUUACGACCCCGAAACCGUUUAUGACACGCUUGUAUCUUUGUUCAAGCUCAUGUAUCAUGCAAUCGAAUUAAAGAGGGAUGAGGAAUUCCUACAGGAAAUGAUUGAGUUCGACAUUAAAACGCAUAUAGAGGCCUUAGGCAACGACAGAAAUGAAACCAUUGCAUGGUUGGCUAAACAUUUUAGUUAUCAUUUCCUCCUCUCCAAUUAAGUUAUUCUGUAUCACCAGAAUAGGAUGGAUUAGAGGACCAGAAAGAUAGUUUAAUCAUAUUACCUUGCCUUUAUAUCUCUAUGCCAAUAACCAUGGAAAAUAUCAACAGCUUCAAACACAUCGACUCAACAACUAAAUACUUGUGAAUGAAUAGUAAAAGAAGGCUCGCUUAUUCUGGGAAUAUCUAACGUUACAUCUAUUGUCGCAUUAUGCAGAAAAAUACUAAUGUUGCUUCUUCAAUAUGUAUAUUCGAAACACAUACAUGAGACAUGACAUGGUGUGUAUAAUGAUGUAGAAUGAAAAUAAAGUGGUAGAGAAUAACAUUAAGAUGGUGGAGUUGAUCAGUUUUUAGAAAUACCGUUAACCUUUUCGAGCCUUGGCGCCCACCAUGGCUAGACCCGUAACUAAAAGACUUUGUUAAGUUCUCUGCUUUUCACGACUUCGCAAUGAGUAGUCUGACCCUAUUGCAAAAGCGUUAAGACAUUUCAGUAGAGCUUCCGCGGAAACACCUAUUCUAGGCAUGACGAGUUUGAGGCAGUGUCUUUAGCUUGACAAUUUUGUUUCCCCGGUUCCUUGGCGUCACGUUUUCCCAAUUUAAAUUCCACCUUACUUAGUUGUAUAUAUGUAUUACGCAUUUCCCAUAAUAAGCAAGAUCCUAUCAAAAAUUUCCUAUUAGAACACAAUUUGACGUCGCAUAAUCUUUUAACUCGCAAAACCUUUACCUUACGGAGUGUUUUUUUUAUGCUCAUCAAUAUAGUGUAGGAACUUUUGCACUUACAUGAAAUUCAUCAUGGAAUUACAAAGGUGCCACUUUUACUUUUAAGUCAGCUAUAGUGAUUGCAACAAUGUAUAGAAUAACAAUGGAACGACGCCGCAAUUUCUGUUGAUGCUGUUUCUGAAUUCGAAGUCUGUCGGAGCUGGUAGGAGUUUUACCGGAGUAUAACAACACCUACUGUUACGUAAUCGUGAACAUAUUGGCGGAAAAGUCUAAGCAUUUGUAACGAUCAUGAGUUUUGUCUAAACCGAACUAAAAGCUUACUCGUUAGAAGACAUUGUGUUUAAUUAACUGAGAUUCUAGAAACAGUUUUAUAACAAAUGUUUCAAAUGUUUGAUCUGUAGGUUAGAAUACCGAAAGUUUUUUUGUGCUGCUCGUUCAGCUGGUUUCAUAUCUAUGGAUAACGUGUCCACCCUAUGACUAUUGUGAAGAUUAAAUAAAGAAUACAGCUGAAUCGCUAUUUCUCGUCGUUAUUUAUUAUUAGUAUUAUUAGCAUUUUUUCUCUUCUUCUCAUUGUUACUAUGUUAUUUACAAAAACAAUACUUACAAAGCUUUCCGUCGAUAAAUAUGAGUCUGCAGCUCGAUUACUAAAAACAUCUACCGCAACAGUCGAUGAGGGUCUCAAAUGAAAGAUUGGCUCGCCUUACAGUAAACGAAUAUUGUGGGGCCUACAUUUUGUUCAAGGGACCAUUUUCAAUGUAUUUUCCGCAGAACGAAACAGAAUAACAUGAUUAAAUGUAAACUGAAAUGUAAAUCCCUGACAUUGG